UUGAAACGGUCAAGUCUUGUCUGAGAGCCUGUGACCUCACUGAGACCGACAGAUAUUUCACAUUUUAACAAUACAAAAGUUUUGUUUUAGAAUUGACUUUAAAUUUCCGGAAGCUGAAUAAGGAAAUAUGUUUAUUUAAAUACAUGCUUAUGAAUAAUGUUAAAAUAAUCUUUAGGAUCUUUAGUAUUAGUUGUAGCAUUAGGGGAAAUUACCAUUCGGAUCCAUUUGUUCAGGGUGGCAACAAAUACUCUGAGAUUACAAGACAGCAUUUUUUUCUCCAUAAAAUUAUUUGGGAAGCCCUGAGCAACUGAGCAACCAAUCAUGGGAGACUGGGGAUUCCUCUCAGCUUUACUGGACAAAGUACAGUCUCACUCCACCGUCAUUGGCAAGAUAUGGAUGAGCGUCCUCUUCAUCUUCAGGAUCCUGGUGCUGGGAGCAGGAGCGGAGAAUGUGUGGGGUGAUGAGCGAUCCAACUUAGUGUGCAACACCAACACGCCUGGUUGCGAGAACGUGUGCUAUGACUGGAAGUUCCCCAUCUCGCAUAUUCGCUUCUGGGUCAUGCAGAUCAUCUUCGUUUCCACUCCAACUUUGGUGUAUCUGGGCCACGUGGUGCACGUCAUCCACCAAGAGAACAAACUGAGAGAGGAGCAGAAAAGAAACCCGAUGUCAAAGUCUCCAAAAUAUACCAACGAAAAAGGGAAGGUUGAAAUCAAAGGAAGCAUGCUGGGUAGUUACUUGACCCAGCUGUUUAUUAAAAUCAUUUUUGAGGUGGCUUUCAUCGUUGGACAGUAUUAUCUGUUUGGAUUUAUCAUGGAGCGUAAGUUCCACUGUAAGCAGUUGCCAUGUACGGUGGAGACCGAGUGUUUCGUGUCUAGACCCACAGAGAAAACCGUCUUCAUUAUCUUCAUGUUGGUGGUGGCAUGUGUGUCUCUGGCCUUAAAUGUUCUAGAAAUCUUCUAUUUGUUUUGUAAGAGGAUAAGUGGGAGAAAUAAGAAAUAUAGGAAUGUAAUGUAUGCUGGCGAUUCGCGUUAUCCUUCACCUUUUUCAGUAGAACUUGAUUCUGCUCAUGGAAUGAGACACAGUGAGUUAAACAUGGCCUUUCAGAACAGGUGGGAUCAAACCAAAGGCAGCCUUGAUGGAGCCAAACCUGAGCCAUAGGGCAAUAAGUCAUUGUGGUAACAUGAAAUGCACAUAAUAUAUUCAACUUUAUAUAAUCAACACAGCCUAUGGAAAAAAAAAAUGUUGAUUGUAACUUUUGCUAAAUGAACACUAGAUGGCGAUGUAAUCUUCUUGAGUUGCACUCACUAACCCCUAACUUCUGUCACUACAAGGCCAGUGAUUUUUUUUGUGCCUGAGUUACUGUAGUAAUUAUAUCGUUUUUAAUGUUAUUUUAGCAAUGCAACACGAAAUAUGUUUAACCAACUUUUUCUUUUUGUGCACUAAGAAUAAACAUUGUAAGAGAAAUAAAGUAAUGAAGA